UGGCGGCCUCCUCAUCUGCCGCUGAUGAUGGUGGUGGUGGUGCAUUCAGUUCUCUGCCUGCUGAUCUGUCCCUCUGAUCAUCGAACGAGGUGAGCAGCACACAGACCAAUGAGCAGCAUGCUUGAUGCACACGAUCCUCUGUCGGCUCUGUCGCUCUGUGCAGGCUGUCGUCGAGCACAUCAUAGCUACCCAGAUGCAGCAACCAGAGCAGCAGCAGCAGCAGCACCCCUUCUCGAAUAUCUUCGUCGGCCGCCGCACCUUCUACCUCUUCAGCAGCAUCAAGGACAUCGUGCGGCUGAGGGCCACCUGCACCUGGCUGAGCAGAGAUCUCUUCGGAGCGGCCCAGCUGAGAGAUCGGCUUCGCCACUCUGUCGGCUCACAGGCGGGGCUGCGGCGGGCGGUGAAUGGGCGGCAAGUGCAGCUGCUGCGGUUCGACGACGACCAGUUCGGCACCCAUGAUCUGCUGGCGGCUGUGUGUGUGGUGGAGGAGGGGCCAUGGGUGGAGAUGGCCGAGGUGGUUGAGCUGGCGGGGCAGUGCGGCAACUGUGACCUGCCUGUCAUCCUCACGUCCGAUGACAUCAACACACACACAAACAAAACGGUGAGCCAGCAAACAGAGGGGCGGGGAGGGGAGGGAGAGGGCCUCAUUCUCUCUGUCUGUGUGUGUGGUCGUGUGUGUAGGCGUAUGUGUCGGCUCCCCGUGUGUUGGCGCAGCUCAAGAUGGUCGGCCCCAACAUCCAGUUCGAUUCGGACUACAGCCUGCAGCUGUUCCACCACAAUGGUGAGGUGUGGGCCAUCAUCGACGAGCCCGGCUUCUGGCUGGAGGUCGACCCGCACCUCCCUGCCGACCUCCUGUACCAGCAGCACAGGCAGCCACACGACCCACCGGUGCGUGAGGGCAUCUACUACUGGGGCCAUGACGGCAGAUGGGUGUCGGGCCGUGGCCUGUUCACCCAUGCGUCAGUGUCGUCAUUUGCCAAGUACAUGGUCCUCGACUACUUCAAGGAGACUCAUAAGACCAACGUCACAUCGAUAGACCUGAACAGAUGACAACACACCGACGGCACUGAAGGCAAGAGGGGUGCGUCGUUGACUGUGUGUGUGCGUGUGGUUGGUUCAGGUAUGUUGGUGGCGGCCGUCUGGACGACCUGCUGACCGAGUCGCCCCACACACCAGUGACCGGAUGCACGACCACAAUCAGCUGGGGCGCUGUUCAGCGACGGCUGGUACUCACCGACAGCAGCCACUCCUUCGUCGCAUGGAUUUUCAUCACCGGAUACCCAAACAGCACCGGUUAGAGUGACAGAGAGGAAUCGCUGCUGGUCAUACGUCGCGUGUUCUUCUUCCCCUUGUCUGCAGUGCGUGUGCGUGUCGACACCACUGAGGCGGCUGUGUGUGAGAGCGGUCCCUUCAAGCGCCGCUUCCCGGUGACCACUCAGCUGGCUCGUGUGGCGUUGGGGGCGGUGGCGCCAUACGUCUUCGACGGACAAGUACAGCAGCAGCAGCAGCAACAGGAUGACGAUGACGAUGACGACCGUACGGGCACACACACACAUGGAUUGAUGGAUGGAUGGAUGAUGGCCCUUCUCUCUGUGUGUGUGGUCUGCAAAUGCCGACGAGGGCGGCGAUGAGAGUGACGAUAUGGACGAGGGCAGCGGAGAGGGCAGCGAGGGUAUAGGGAGGGCCGCAUAGAGGCCCUCACGUCGGACCUGCAUGAUUUUCAUUUGCGUGUGUAUCCUGUGCCUUCGACAGGUGAGGAUGCCGCAGCUGAGGCGGAGAGCGGCGACUGAUCGAUCAGUCAACACUAGUAGGUGAGCAGCGAUUCACAUCCUCUAUCGCCAUGUGGCUGGAUCCUGGCUGGUACGUGUGUGUGUGUGUUGUCAGGAGGGUAUCGCUCUUAAGCGCUGGCUGUCGUCAUCUCUGUCGCCGAUCUGUGUGUACGCGAGACGACCAUAUCGAUCACUCUGUCGACAGACAGACCAGCUGCUGCUGAUGGGUGACGGAAUGGCUUGCUGUUGUGGUGAAAGGUUUCGUGCCUCUAAUGCACGAGUCACUUCAGUCGGUCUGGGGCUUGUCCUUUUUGCCCAUGCGUCGCUCUUCUAUAUGCGCGGCCCUCCCUCCCUCCCUCUGUCUGUGUGUGUGUAUGUGUCUUCUCGUCCUCAUGGCUCGCGGCCUGUCCGUGUGGGUGUGGGCGGUAAGCGCGUCUCGGCCGAUUUUGAUGUGAUGUGUGGCUGCCUGGCUGACUCAUCUACUGGCCAGACCUCUCCCUCUCAAUCACUGUAUGCGUGGUGGAGUGCGUCUGCCUGUGUGUGUGCUGUGACGGACCUGCCUGGAGUGAACUGACAUUUGCACCCUUCCCUUAAUUUUGUGUCCGUUACUCACUUAAUUAAGGGUGUGUGUAAGCU